UCUGUUUCCUCUCAAACACAGCGUUUCUCAUCAUUCAACAUGUUACCUCGGAUCAACCUCUUCGUCUUGUUGACCCUGGUAGUCACACCGGCGCUGACCCUCGACGUGCCGAGCAACGUUAAGGACUUCUACAGCUUUGUCCGAGGCCGGAACAAGUGCAAACACGCCCUCUCAAAAGGGUUUCACAGCAGUGAGGGGGACAGUGGAGACUUCGUCUACUGCGGAGAUUACCUGGACGAGUACCAAAUCAUCUACCUCCAAGGCAAGAAUGGCCAGCUCGCCAACAUGGACGUGGACUGCGACGGCGCGCAGGGCGGAGGGGACGGACGUUGCGCGAGCUCCACCGAUACCCAAUCUGAGACGACAUUCCGCGACACUCUGAGAGGGUACGGCACAGGCGGUCGAGACCUCAAUGCCUCGCUGCAUUCCUACGUCGUCUUCGGCAACGAGGGUACAAAGAGCGGGUGGCCGACUUUCGACCCGACCCAACACGGCGUCCGACCGCUCAGCCUAAUGGCCAUCGUAUGCAACGACAGACUGGUUUACGGCAUCUGGGGAGACACCAACGGCGACGACGGGCCCGAAGCCAUGGUCGGCGAGGCGUCCAUCUCUCUAGCUACUGCUUGCUACGGCAACAGCGUCAACGGCAAUUCGGGGCACGACGAGAACGACGUCCUGUACAUCGCCUUCACGGGGGACGAAGCCGUUCCCGGGGCGAAUGGCGCCGCCUGGAACGCAACGAACUCGGAGGUUUUCGCCGACAGCAUAACGGAGCUUGGGAACAGGCUUGUUGCGCGCGUCGGAAGCGGCUGUGGCGGCGGUCCAUCCGUGGAGAAGUGGCCCAUGUAUUUUGCAGCCGUUGUUGGGAUUGCCCUGAUCAUGAGCUGAGGGUUGGUGGGAAGCGGACACGGCCCCUUGAAAUUUCACUUUGACCUCUAGCUGAGACAGUCUGUCUUACAUAGUCUUGUUGGAGUAUUGAUAAAGGAAAACAGACCAUACUGGGCGAGAGAUGCUCGUAAUGUAUAGCUAGAGUUCCUCUUAUGUAGCUUGCCGUCUACAGGAGACUUAAUAAUUAAAACAGGCCGGCAACUCAACCUGGGCCUGGAUCCCGCGUUGACCAUUACGGAGUUGCGAGUUCA